GGAUGUGAUGUCGAGUAGUUUACUGUUAUACUGAUGAGUAAAUAGGAUUUGUCACUAAUUAGUAGAGGUGGAGACUGAGUAAAAUGUCUGAGCCCCCGGAGCAGGAGGACUUUGAUAAAUGCUUCACCGUGUUUGACGGCUCUUCUCCGGAGGACGUGUCCCACGCACGGCAACUGUGGAGCUCACUGUCUCUCCUGCCGCCCCUGGAAUCGCGGCUGGUGUCCGCAGACAUCCGUCAGAGACUGCCGGUGUCCCGUACGCAGCGCAGCAGCAGCGUCAUCAUUUCCAAACACCCCGCCGUCCCGCAGCCGCCGAGUAGUGUCCCUGCUCUCCGGCAGAGACGGGAGGAGAGGCAGCGGUACGUGGCCAUGGCCGACCAGAGGAGGGAGAUCCUGGCUCUGUUGAGGAGGCAGAGGGAGCAGAGGAUUCAGAAGGAGAUGAUCUCUGUGGACUUCAAACCCAAUUUGAAGUUCGGCCGAGAUAAAAUAUCGAAGCUGCAAAAACCACCAGACUCUGAGAUGGACGACGAAGAGCUGGUGAAGCAGCUGCAGUAAAGGACCAUGAUUAACUUUUAAAAAAGCUUCACACAUGUGGGGGCUUUAUAGAAGAACAAAAAUGUAAAAAUUAAAAAUCUGUUUAUAACAUCGUCCGUUUAACUUUAAGCAGAUAGUUAUGCCUGUUCCGUUUCUAAAUACGAGAAAUACUCUGAGGUCUGGUCUUGAGGCUUAUUUCAAAAUACCUGAAAAGUUAGCUACUACUGUCCCAACUGAAUAGUCUUGCUACAUAUUCUAUGUGGACUGGAAAGUGUGACACUGUUAACAGUGUGCAGGUAUAGGCCUAAUAUUUGUCAUGUCUCUUUCUUGCCAUGUUUCCUUUUUUUUUUUUUACAUUUGCUAAUUAGUUCUUAUCACAAAGUACAUUUCAGGCCGAUGAGAGUUGGAUAAAUUAAAAUUGUCAAAGUUAUUAUGGCACCAGAUGAAAAGUCAGACGAUUACCAAAUUCAUUCAUGUUUUUGGCCACUGUUGAGGGCUCUGCGCACACCCACAAAGGUGUGUCCGGUUACACUGGCUGAGUAGACCUCUAGUCAGGUGUUGUUAGCAGGAAAAAGCACAGGUGUAACUGAUUAAUCAUUACAAAAAUAAUCAUUAAAGA